GGGUUUCUUGAGGGCCAAGGCAAAGUCAUCCGGGCAGUGGGGCCCAAAGGUGUGGAGAGGCUGGAGGUUUUCAGGGGAUGGAGAACAGUGCUCUGUGGCAGAAUGUGGAAUGCAGAGGCCAUUGGGGUGUGAGGGUGGAGAGGUGGGUGAGAGCCAGGCCCCUAAGACCACAGUGACUCUCUCUUGAGAGCAAUGGGGGGCUAGAAGAAGGUUGUGAGGCGGGGAGGGACAGCACCAGCUGCAGGUGCCCUAUAGAUCCCUCUGGGAUAUGCAGGGAGGUCAGAAAGGACAAAGGAGCUCGGCAAUGCAAUGGGUAUGACUGGGACCGGGGCAUGAGACGGAAAAGAGGGAAGGGGCCAGAAAGAUUCAGGGGCCAGAAGGAACGGGACACAGGGAUCCAAGGGCUUUGUGGAGUGAUGGGCAGGAGGGGGCCAGGUUAGUGCCCAGGGUUCUGGUGCAACCAACUUGGGUGGGAUGGUAGGGUCAUCCCUGUUUUGGUGGGAGAUGUUGAGCUCAGUUGGGAUGUGGUUGGCAGGGGUCUGGGACAGAGAAGUGGGCUGGAGAUGGUUUGGGUUGCUAUCAGAGAAUCAGUGGCCGAGGGAGCCGUGGCUUCGAGGAAACUCAUCGGGUAAGAAGGUGCAGGAUGGAGAUUCCAGGAAAACCAGCCCUGGGAAGUGGAGGGAAGAUCAAGAACAGGAGCCUGCAUGGGGGUCUGAGAGGGCACAGCCAGAGAGUUGGGGGCCUGGAGAGCUUCUGGGGUCAAGGGAAGAAUUUUCAGAAGGAUAUGGUCUAUCGUGUCAUGGCCAUCUGACUCUGAGCUGUCACUUUGUUAGAAAAGCUGUGUGUAUGUGGGUUUAUGUGUCCGUGGGGGUGUGGGUGGGUGGUUGUCUCUUUAAGUGGCUGAUGGGAGAGGGGGUUCUGGAACUCCUCCUGCCUCACAGAGACCCAGUCUCCCUUCCCCCACACCUCUGGACUCUGUGUCUAAGAAGCCCCCCUGAGCUGGGUGUCAGUCAUUUAGGUGGGUGUGUGCAUGGGGGCUGGGGGAGGGCACUGGACAGGUUACAGGCACACUCCACUGAAGAAUGGAGAUCUUUGAAAGACAGAGAGGUCCUUAAGCUGUGACUCCCUGUGGGUAAGGUCUCAAAGCGCCCAAUAGUAGCAGUAGGACAUGGAGGAGAAGGAGGUCUUGGGUUUGGGAAGGGCCUGAGAGAGGGGUCCCCAGACAGGGGUGCUGGGGUGAAGUCUGGGAUAUGUAGGGACAUGUGUGUGUGGGUCUCAAGGGCUUGAAAGAGCUGAGACAGGGGCCUGGGGGCGGGAGGGGUGUUGGCCAAUCUUGCGUGUGUGACCCUCCGCAGCAGCCUCCCUGGCAUGGGGGUGAAGCGGCGCCUUCAGAGCGGGGGCACCUUGCUGGGCUUCUUGGCCCAAAUCCUCACGAUUCUCUCCACUGCCACCAACUACUGGAUCCGCCACCCAGGGGGCCACAGUGGCCUGUGGCAGGAGUGUAAUGGCGGCAUCUGCUCCAACAUCCCCUGCCAGAGUGAGGCCCCGCCCGCCCAGAUGUCCCCCACUGGACAGACAGCACCCCCCCCCACCCCGGCACUGAGCCCAGCUGGCCCCUCGCCUCACACAACAGCUGGGUACAUCCUGCGGCGCCCCCACCCUCACCCCUUCCUCUCCAGUCUCAGAUCCACCUGCUCCUCCGCGACAAAGACUACCACGAACCCCCACUUUGGGAUCUGCUUCCCUGUUGGGACCUUAACCGCCCCUCAUGAAGCAACUUGCGAGUCCCUAUCCAAACUAGACCGGCAGGUGGGGGUGGUGGCCCGGGGCGGCACCAGCGCGCGGCUGAAGCGGCCGCUCCCCCCAGCCAUGCUGGCGGUGGCGGGCGCGUGCAUGGUGCUGGCGGCGUGCUCCGCCGUCGUGGGUUUGGUGAUGGGGCUGCGGAUUCUGUACCACGAGGGUGACUCGCGGGGCCAGACUAUGAGCGGCACCUUCUUCCUCUGCGGGCUGCUGCUGCUGAUCGCCCUGACAGGCUACACCGUCAAGAACGCGUGGAAAAACGACGUCUUCUUCUCAUGGUCCUAUUUUUCGGGGUGGCUGGCUUUACCCUUCUCUAUUCUCGCGGGUAACCUGGACAGCGGGAAGAGGGUGGAGGAGACUGCCCUGAGCACCCCCCUCCCCACAGACUCCCCGUCGCCCUCCCAGGGACUCCCCAGCACACUCCGCUCCCGACUCCCGCACACCCGGCAGGAUCGCCCUUAGAGCUCCGAACCCCCGUCCCGGGGAGCUCCCGGUCAUCCGCCCCAGGACCCACCGUCCCCCACCCGCCCUCCGCUCCUCUCCCGCCAGGCUUCUGCUUUCUGCUGGCGGACAUGAUCGUGCAGAGCACGGACGCCAUCAGCGGAUUCCCCGUGUGCUUGUGACCGCAGCCUGCCUGGGGCAGAAUAAAGGAACGGCUUUCACC